AUGGCCGGAAUCAGACCUGGUGCAGUCGUUGCAGCGAAAGCUGCCGUCGCCGCUAUUCUUGCCUUGUUGCUUUCUCAGUCUCGGCCGACAACGGGCCCACGCUUCAAGCCCACGCCCCAGCCACGACCUUUGAAGGAUGAAGUUGAAGAGCUAGUGCGACCAUGGCGCCAAAGCAAGAAUGAGCCGCCAUUUACCACACAGGAGUUGAUUGUCAUCAUUCUCGUCCUGAACGACCUCAAGCCUCAAUAUCUUUCGACGAUCCAUGACGAAAUUCUGUCGGUCUUUCCAUACUACAACCGCCAAGCUCUAAUGGCAUUCGUAGAGUGGCACGACGAUCAAGCAAACCCGUACUUUGAUUGGACUACCCUCACGCAAGUCCUUCCUGGCUUGUAUGAGGCUGCGAGAGAUUUCGAACAUCCGUUGACGUGCAUUCGGAGCUUUGAUCCGUCUGAUGACAUAAACAUCUGCGAAAACGAGUACACGGUUUGUGCCAAGGCUGCACACAUCUAUUUACGUGACAAACUCGAACGCCCGAGGCGAGGAUCCUUCAAUUUUAUGGACUUGCCUGCUGAAUUGCGCGAAAAGAUCUACAAGAUGCUCUUGGUGUAUCCGAAACCCGGUCUGACACUUGCCAAGCGCGAUCGCCAACCGGAUGAAUUCAAGGUUCGUUUUGGAGUCUGGUCUCGCACGGACCUGGAGGUUCCCACGUACAGCGAGGCUCAGGAGGUGCCGGAGAAUGAGUUCGCCGUGGAUAGCCUUACCAAGCUACUCGCGAUCUUGAGUGUCUCGAAGCAGGUCCGUCACGAGGCACUCCCUGUGUUCUACGGCCGCAAUGCCCUCAACUUCGGCUCGCUAGAUGUCCUCGCUCGCGCUCUCGGACAGAUCUCGUACGGGACUGCUCAACAAAUACAAGUUCUUCGAGUCGUUGUGGACCGCAGCGACUCAAAGCUGGUAGGGAGCCCAUUACCUGCACUGGCAAAAUUGCGGGCCCUUGAGGCUCCCAGAAAGCUCAUUCUGACUCUGCCACGCCACUCGGCCUUCUGGAGGCAUUUCCGCUCCGACGACAUCGAGAAUCAGGCUUUGAAACCCAGCGAGCUGAGCAGAAUCAACGACUUCCGCGAGCUGAGCGGGAUCGUCUCUCUGGCGAAACGCGCGAAACAUGUCGAGUUCGUGGGUAAUGGGUUCUUGGGAGACUACAUCCGCCAGCAGACCGAACAGACGAAGAAAGCGAAGUGA